CGCUGUUUGAGGAGGGAGUGAAACGGCGCCCAUGCGGAGGAAUACUAUGAAAAACCGCAAACUAAAAAAUAAUCAUUUUAACAAAUUGGGCGCUUCUGAAAAGUUUAGAUUUAAACAAAUAUAUAAUUUGGUAAGAAAAAAAAGAGCGAAUAUUUUUUACAUUUUCUUUCUUUAAAAAAUGGCGAAGUUAAAUUGCGUUGAUCUUGAUAAAUUCAUGGAUGACUUUGCUCGUCUGGAACAGAACAUCACUGCGGCUCACAGCAGAAGCAGCUCGCUGGAGAUCAUGCUGGAGGAUGCUAACAGACUCCGAACAUUCGGUCUGACUAAAGAGAAGAGUCUGUCUGAAGAGAAAGAAGUCCUCCUGGUUACUGUGAGAAGACUGCAGCAGACUCUGCAGGAGCAGUGCAACCUCAGAGAAGAAAACGAGAGACUAAAAUCUGAUGUCUUGGAUCUGAAACAACAGAAUGAAAGAACAAGAGAGGUUGGAGAGGCGGAGCUUCAGCGGCUGGUCAGCAAACUACAAGCAGAGGAAAAGAGACACACGGUGGAGCUGGAGGCCGUGAGACAGAGGUGCAGCAGGGAGGUGGAGGACGCCCGCAGGGAGGCUGUCAUGCAGCUGGAAGAAAAAGAAGCAGAAAAGAAAGAGCUGCUGCAGGAGAAGGAUCUGAAUCUGGAGGAGAUGAAGAAGAGGCUGAAGGACCAGGAGAAGGAGAGGCAGAGCGAGCUUCUGAAGUUACAGAUGGAGUUUGGUGCAAAGUUGGCCAGAGUUCAGAGCUCUGCCCAGAGAAGCCAGCAGCAGCAAGGCUCCAGCCCACUGCCACACAGCGUCUUUAAGAGGAAGCUGCAGUUUUUCCAGGAGGAGAAGAACAAAGAGGUCACGGCUCUACGUCAGCGAAUCAGAGAGCUGGAAGAGAACCAGCGGGUCUGCAGCCUGAAGAGAAGGAAGCUGUAGUUUGAUGAAACCAGCAUGACCCUCUGCAUGACAUGCAGAAGGUCACUUGUGAGAGCAAACAUUUCUCGACUUUAGCCCGGCAGCGCUCGUGUCCACGGUGGUCUCGUGCUCACAGGUGUGCACCGGAGAGCACAUUUAAGCACACGCUGCUUCGCCGUCUCAGGGUUUAAUCCAAUUACAAGCCUUUAGGGGAGGGAGCGUAGAUGAGGAGGAGGAACACUUUUCAAUGAAUCACAAUGCCGGAAGAGUAAUCCUAUUCAAGCUAAUCUGUUUCCCCUCAAACAAGUUACCUUACUGCACUUGUUUCCUGUGUGGAAAUGCUUCAUAUGAGUUCUUCUGUCUGAAACGUUCCCACGAACCAGCUGAAACACCUUUAUUUCUUCUCAUCUGUCCAUCUUCAGGUCAUAAAUAAACAGUUUGACAUGUCA